AUGCGACUAGUCCAUGACGUGAGUUGUAAAAGUAUCAUAGAAGGGGAUGAAAGUGAAAUUGCCAAAGCUGAAUCGCUCAUGAAGCAGAUUUCGUAUUUUCCUGCAAGUGAUUUGACAGUAACUGCCGCAACUCAAGAUUGUGCAAAAUUUCAUCAAUUGUACGGUUACGACUCAAUUCCAAACUCCAACGAAGAGAGAGACUUUCCCCUUGCGUACAAUAUACUAUUUUAUAAGGAUGUUGCUCAAAUCGAAAUGCUUUUAAGGGCGAUAUAUAAACCCCAGAAUUAUUAUUGUUUACAUGUUGAUGGUUUUGCUCCAGAGAGUGUUCAUACGGCGGCUAGUGCUUUGGCCAAUUGUUUUGAAAAUGUUUUUAUUGCUUCCAGAACUGAAAAUAUUGUGUAUAAAAGUUUUGCGCGUUUACAAGCGGAUAUCAAUUGCAUGAGUGAUCAUUUAGAUUUAGCAGAAGAUUGGAAGUACCUCAUCAACCUACCAGGGCAAGAGUAUCCCUUAAAGACUAAUCAGGAAAUUGUGAAAAUUUUGAAAAUAUACAAUAAUGCAAACGAUAUUGAAGGGAUAUUAGGGAAAGGGUUGCUCAGUACAAGAUAUAUAUAUGAAUAUAAAAAUGUUAAUACAACAUCGAAUAAAUAUAAUAUUAUUUCUACAAAUAAACGCAACCCACCGCCGCCACAUCGGAUCAGUAUAGUGAAAGGAAGUGCAUAUGGAGUUUUUACUCGUGGUUUUGUGGAUUAUGUGAUAAAUAAUCAGACUGCUAAAGAUUUUCUAAACUGGUGUAAAGGCGUUUUAUCUCCUGAUGAGUAUUACUGGGCAACUUUAAAUCAUAAUCCACAUUUAUCAGUUCCAGGCAGCAAAGCAGAUGAGAAAGAUUGGUUAGCAGCAUUUGCCUCGUGGAAAGGAACGGAUAAAUGUAGAGGAAGAUGGCAAAGAGGAGUUUGUGUAUUUGGUGUAGGUGAUCUGAAUUAUCUCAUCAGUAAAAAACAUUUAUUUGCUAAUAAGUUCGUGAUAGACUAUCAACCACUUCCUAUGCAAUGUCUUUCAGAGUGGUUGACCAAUAAAACCAUGACACCUCUUCCGUUUGAUAGUCAGUAUUAUAAACAGCUUCCAUUCAUCAAUAAUCAUUUUUAG